AUUAUCUAGAAUUAAAAAGCACAGAACAUAGAUAAAUGGAAAAGAAAGAGCGGAAGAUUAUGGUUGCUGUUGAUGAGAGUGAGGAGAGCAUGUUUGCACUUUCAUGGUCCAUCACCAACCUUAUUUCUGAUACCAACAACAACAGCAAGCUUCUUUUGCUCUAUGUUAAGCCACCUUCUGCUGUCUACUCCUUGGAUUCUGCAGGCUAUAUAUUUUCCAAUGAAACUAUUCAUGCUUUGCAAAAAUACAGUACGGAAUUAGCUACUUCAGUAAUGAAAAGAGCUGAAGCUAUUUGCACUAACUUCGACGCUACCAAUAUAAAAAUUGAGAAAGUAGUUGGGACUGGAGAUGCUAAGAAUGUUAUUUGCAGCGCAACAAAGAAACUAGAGGCUGACACCUUAGUCAUGGGAAGUCAUGGUUAUGGAUUCUUCAAAAGGGCACUUCUUGGAAGUGUAAGUGAUCACUGUGUUAAAUAUGCCAAAUGUCCUGUUGUAAUUGUCAAGCAACCAUAAUGCUUUACAUCUCAUAAACCACCUUAAUUAGACUACUCCUCCCUCCUAUUUCAAAUAUAAAUUAAAUUAAAUUAAAAAAUUUUGAUGUAUUUUGUUUGAAUUUUGAAUCUAAUACAUCAAAUUUCUUUAAUCUACUUUCGUUUAUAUUUAAGAUUAAAGUAAUAGUACACAAACACAAUCUUGCUGUGUUCAGUUACAAUUUGUGUAUGUGUAUAUCUUGCACUUUAUAUGUUGUAUAUUAGUUUUUCCAAUCUCAAAUAUAUAAAAAACUGAAUCAACAAAUAUGAAUGUAUUUUGUUUAAAUUUUAGAGUAAGGGAGUUUAAAAGUAAUUCCUUGUUAA